AUGAUUCCCACCACCCCACAGGACAACAUCCGGGACAAGCUGCAUCCCAUCACGCUCUCCAUGAGCUACUCGCUGCAGGAGAAGCCUAGAACAUUCCAGUUGGGUCCCCACUCCCUUGAUGCCUUCCCUGUGCUCAACCAGGACCAGUCCCAUGAGAAUGAGACCAAGAUCGAGUUCCAGAAGGAAUGUGGCUUCGACAACAAGUGCUACAGCAACCUCCAACUCCAGAGCAGCUUUGUCACCGACCAGAACCAGCCCCUGCCCAGGUUGAACGGGACUCAGGUGCUGCAGUACAGCCGCGACGUGCGGAAGCUCUACCUGAGCAUCAACAUCACCAACGUGCCCACCACCCCCAGCAAUGGGGAGGAUGCCCACGAGGCUCUGCUCAACAUCACGGUGCCCCCCAGCCUGCUGCCCUCCUCCAUCCGCCCGAGCGGAUCCUGUACCUUUGGGGAGACAGUGCUGUGUGAGCUGGGAAACCCUUUCAAGAGGAACCAGAGGGCAGAGCUCAUCAUCACCUUUGAGGCCAUUGGGAUCAUGCUGGACACGAGGGAGAUCUUGGUGUGGCUGGACCUGUCCACGCAGAGCAUCCAGGAUGACCUGCAGCCUGUGCUGGCCAAGCUGCUGGUGGACUACAGCAUCCAGUCCUCACUGAGCAUAGUCCCCUCCCAUAUCCAGUCACACUUCAGUGGGACAGUGGUGGGAGAGUCAGCCAUGAAACGGGAGCAGGACGUGGGCAGUCCCCUCACCUUCGACUUCCAGGUGACCACCAAGGGUGAGUCCCUGGGCUCCCUGGGCACCAUCCUGCUGGGAUUCGAGUGGCCCUACGAGAUCAUCAAUGGCAAAUGGCUCCUCUACCCCACCGAGAUCCUCGUCAACGGCAACGAGACCUGCCAACCCCCUGGGGGGGUCAUCAACCCCCUCAACCUCACCCUCCUGGAGGACCAGGCUCCAUCCCGGCGGAGACGGGAGCUGGAGCCCUCUGAGGCAGCAGAGCCUCCCAUCACAUUGGCCACUGCCAAGAAAAAAGCCAAGUCAGAGGUGGUACUGAGCUGCUCUAAGGGCACUGCAAACUGCGUGUGGUUCGAGUGUCCCCUGCUCCAAACUCAGCACCCCAACACCUUCACCGUGCGUGCCCGUGUCUGGAACAGCACCUUCAUCGAGGAGUUCCAUGACUAUGACCGUGUGAAGGUGACAGGCACAGCGACACUCUUCCUCCGCUCCCACGUCCCCACCAUCACCAUGAAGAACCACACAGUGCGGUUCUCCGUGGACGUGGACUCAGAGCUGCAGGAGGAGCAGCCAGCAGAGAUCUCACUGUGGCUGGUGUUGGUGUCGGUGGCAGCUGGGCUGCUGCUGCUGGGGAUCAUCAUCCUUCUCCUCUGGAAG